AUGGCGGCGCGCGUACGUGCGUGCGACGUCAUCAGGAGGCGCCCCGCUCAGAGCCGGGCGGGGAUGGCGGGGCCGAGAAAAAAGCUGCUGGACCUGCCCUGGGAGGACAUCCUCUUCCCCCACGUCCUCUCCCACCUGCCGCUGAGGCAGCUGCUGAGCUUGCAGAGGGUCAGCAGGGCGUUCCAGGCCCUGAUCCAGCUUUACCUCACCAACAUGCGCUGCUUCGACGCUGCCCAGGCUGGGCCUCACAUUCCCAAGGCUGCCUUCUGCGACCUGCUGAAAGACAGCGAAGCGCUGCAGCAGCUGGCCCUCCGGAACUGCUCUGCCUGGCUGUCGGAUGCGGAGCUCCUCCCCGUGAUCGGCCAGAACCGCCACUUGCAGCACAUCGAGCUGAGCAGCUGCGCGCAGCUGAGCCGGCGGGCCUUGGUGGCCAUCUCCCUCAGCUGCCCCCACUUGCGCCAGCUCUCCCUGGCCCACUGCGAGUGGGUGGACAGCCUCUCCUUGCGCAGCCUGGCCGACCACUGCAAGGAGCUGGAGUCCCUGGACCUCACGGCCUGCCGGCAGCUGAAGGACGACGCCAUCUGCUACCUGGCGCGAAGGUGCGCCAGGCUGAAGUCUCUCUCGCUGGCUGUCAACGCAAAUGUGGGCGACGCGGCCGUGGAAGAGAUCGCCAAAGGCUGCCCUGAGCUGGAGCACCUGGACCUCACGGGCUGCCUGCGGGUGAAGAACGACUCAAUUCGGACCCUGGCGGAAUACUGCCCCAAGCUGCGUGCCUUGAAGGUGAAGCACUGUAACGACGUGGUGGAGUCCAGCCUGAGCAUCCUGCGCAGCCGCGGGGUGGAGCUCGAUGUGGAGCCUCCACUGCAGCUCGCCGUGGUUCUCCUGGAGGGCAUGGUGGGCUACGCCCCCUUUAUCAACCUCCAGAUCUAG